AUUCGAGAUUCGACGUUUCACCUCGGAGCGAUGAUUCAGUUUGACGGCCAACCAAAUUUACACAAGAGUCAGAAUGAAAGACAAAAAUAAGUAACGAAGGAGAUCAGUUUUCCUUCACGACCGAUGAGUUUAUCCGUGUCACUAUAAAUGCGACUCGGCGACCUGUCUAGAAGAGGAAUUUCGGAACGAUGUCCCUGACCGCGAGAGGUUUAAGAUGCGCGCACCUGACCAGGGCGAUUCUGAUCACCGCGACGAAUCGCAACAACGGCGUCAAUCUACGGGGACUACGACACGUAUUGACGGUUGGGAUUGAUUUACCGAUGUACGAGGUUACUCGCAGCCAAUUUGCUUUUCCAAAUUUUUAUCGUUCUCACUUCCUCUGAUAGAAUAAUAACGAAUACAAGAAUUCCCUUAGUAGAAUGAGACUCCUAAUUUUUGUAUAAAACAACGUGUUUCAUUUUUAUAAUCGCAACGAUGCGAAAUAAUGAAAUUAAAGGUGAGCACGACGAGAGGUGCCCCUAGUACGAGUACGAACUUGAAGGAGGCCCUCAACGAAAAGAUUCCCGUGCACUAUGACUUGUUGAGGAAUAUCCGUCAACAAUACGGAUCCGCGGUGAUCAGUCGGAUCACCGUGGAAAAUAUGUACAACGGCCUGAGAGGCGUGAACAGCAUGGUCCGAGAUACGUGCGAGACCGACCCGAAGCACGGGAUCAAAUACAGAGGAUUGACGAUACCGGAAGUGGUCACGCUUUUACCUCGCGAGGGAAGGUCCCCGAGCGCCGAAGCCGUGUUUUGGCUGUUGUUGACCGGCGACAUUCCGACGCAAGAACAGACGGCGUCUCUGAUCGCCGACUGGUCCUUGCGUCGUCAAAAGAGGAAGGACUGGUGGUCGGGACCGAGCGGUGGAAUCGUUGGCUCCGUUUUACAGACUCUACCGAAGUCGACUCCGCCAAUCGGGAAAUUGUCCGUCGCCCUUACCGUCUUCGAGUCCGGCAAACAUACGAAGGAAGCUUUGAAAAACGGAGCUUUGACGCACACGCAUUGGGAAGUGAGUCAAAGCGACCGAAUGAUCAAACCUUCCACACGGUGGGAUUUCUGGUUCACGGAAUUACGUUACUUUCAGUAUACGUACGAAGACGGAAUGGAACUGUUAGCGACCUUGCCGGCGAUAAUCGGCCUGGUCGCUAAGAACGAGGUAAAGAACGUCAAAGAAGAAGGUGUCGAUUGGGUACAAUUUCUGUCGGAGUAUUUAUGCAACGCGUUCAACAUUUCGAAAAUUCAGAAGCAGCCCUUAGUGGACUUUCUUCGACUGUACACGGUUUUGAACGCCGAUGACAACGGGGGACUUCCUAGCAUACACGUUACGGAAAUACUCGGGGCAUCUCAAUUAUGCAUCAAUCAAACUUUGGCCGCGGGAGCCUUGGCACACUCUAACGAGCCCGAGAGUGGUACGCUGUCGCAAUAUAUGGAAUUCCAAGCGAGACUGCAACGUCUCUUUGGCCGAGAGACGAAGGAUGAGAAGUUGAGAAAUUACGUGGCCACGUUGAUAAAGAAAGACAAAUUGAUUGGCUACAAGGAAGGAGAGUUUUGCGAUCCCCGAUACACCGCAUUACUAAAUUAUGCUAGGGAACAUAUCCCGAACGACACAGGUUUAAAGCUGUCGAAAACCGUUAGCCAGAUAGUGACGAAAAUGAUGAAGGCCGCGAAAGGGAAAAGCGUCUGUCCCGAACAGAGUACAAUCGCCGGGCCAAUUUUCGAAUUCUACGGACUGAGAGACAUGAAGUUCAAUCAAGUACUGCUGUGCAUGUCGCGAUGCCUGGGUGCCGUUGCAUCCAUCAUUUGGACGAAAGCGGUGAACGGUUCGAUCGAACAACCGACGUCGAGAAGCACGUAUACUUAUUACAGUUCGCUCCAAGGGAUACGAGGAAAACGUAAACGACUGAAGCAGAUGAAGCAAUCUCAAAAAUGAUCGCUACUCCUUUUCUAACAAAAUUUUCAAGUACAACGCUCUAUGUAAUUUUCCAAUGUCUAUUACACGUCGCGAUGAAACGUAAAUUUGUA